AUGGAUCACAAGAUCUUUCAAUAUGGGCUGAUCAAGGGCACGCGGGGCUUUUCUUCUCUAAACAACGAUGAUUUCGCGUACUUUACACGCAACGGUACUAUCGGCUCUGUGCGAAACGACGACGGGCGGUUCCUCGCAGUGCUACAGUCGCAGUUGCACCGUUUCGACAUCGAGAAACAGCAUAUCCAACACAUUUCAACGAAAAGUGGCUUUGAACCUCUCACAUACGCGCUUGAUGACCAGGAUAUCUAUACGGUUCUUUGUGACCCAGCGAUGUCAAGUAGCCCUGAACUCUUACGCAAUGACUCUCAACGAACGGGUAAUGCCAUCGACAGAGAAACAUCAGCAGAAUUGCGUGUACCGAGCGACAGCAACGAUCAACAGAGCAGCCACCAUACCGAUGCACAUAGCGAACCGACGGACGAUACUAUAAGGACGUCUGCGCAAGUUUCACAACCGUCCAGUAUCGAAGAGGUGGAACAACGCACAGAGGCGUGCUUGCGCAAAAAUCGGACAUCGCCAUAUGAGUUGGCCGAACUCUGCGAGAUGUUCCCUGGACACGCGCCCAGAAACCUAUGUAGAAUAUGGUAUCGGGUG